AUGUUGUCAUCGUUGGAUCUUGGUCGAGGACUUUCAAAGAGAGCCCAUAUGAGGACGUUCUUUGUACAUCAGAGCACUGUGAGAGUGCAUUUGGGAUCUCCUCCUCGUUGCCUUUAUGGGAAUCUUAACUUUAUUGUUGUUAGGUACCCUCAACGCUCUGGUGGUUCGGCUUCAAAGAAACCAACCGGAAAUGGCUCACCCUCCUUGUCAGAUGAAGAAAGAGCAGACGAACCGCCACAGCCACAAAUCCGACAGCCCUUGUACGUGCAAAAGUCGAAAUUGACUAUUGGAAAGUCGUGUCCAAAGAUGACUGUCCCAUCUGCUGAUUUAACACCCACCACACCUGAUGUGGACAAUUGGGAGGCUUUAAGCCAAGCCGGUUCGUCCACACGAUGGCGAAGUAGCAACGAUUCGCUAGUUGGACCUAUACAUCACGUAUGUCCCCUCUCGGAGAACACCCUCCUCAAUGGCUAUGAAUCGGAGAGUCCGGAUGAAGUGACUCUGGUGAAGACAGCCUGCAAAUAUGGCUGCAAAUUGCUUCAACGCGGUCUCGAUUUUGUCAUCAUUUGGCUUCCCGGAGAUGGUCUAAUACGCGUUGAGGUACUUAAUGUGUUACCAUUUGUGACGCAACGUAAACGAAUGUCGAUCAUUUUUCGACAUCCAAACACCAAUGAAAUUGUUCUCUACUGCAAAGGUGCCGACUCCGUUAUCCUCCCCCUUCUCGAUCCACUGAAGGGUCAAGCUUUCAGAAUCAAUACAGAGGAGCGUCUACAUGACUAUUCCCUCUCCGGUUUGAGAACACUAGUCAUGGCCAAACGGGUUAGACAUUUUAUUCUAUCAUUUUUCUACGUUCUCCUUUAA